AUGUUACUCUCAAGAUCUGCAGCCCUAUCGCAUACAUUGCGCACCAUAAACCUAUCGAGUAAAUCUCCGCAGACCAUUAUACGACGCGCAGUUUCAACAUUAAAGGAAAAUCCGCAUAUAGUUUGUUGUCCCUCUUCUCUUUUCCUAUUACCAACAAUCGCAAUUCCAAUUCCGAUUGUUCUUCUACAACACCUCCUCUCCACACCCACCAUCUCAAGUCAGCUAACCUCCCUCCACUAGUACAUCCACCCCACACCCACCCCAACAACCCACAAACCACGACCCUGAGCCUCCUCCCCACCAACCCACCCCUCUCUCCCUCGGAACCAUCACCUCCCCGCCAACCACCCCAAUAACCCCCUCAACCUUCACACCCAACCCAUCCUUCCUCCCGUUCCUCUCCACCAUCCUCUCCAAAUACGCACAUCUCGAUUCACAACUGCAAUCGCAAGCCGCCGCAUUCGCAACCACAUCUACACAUUUCUCUUUAAGUCCACCAUCUACCUAUCGCCAAUCUAUAAAGAGUGCAAGAGGGAAGGAUUCCGGAGCGCCGCCUAGCGCUAGUCAAGGUAUGAUUUCAUUUCCUUUUCCCACGAGACAUCCCUACUCCCCAAAUACAAAACACAACUAACACCCCUCCCCCCUUCUCACAGGUGGCGCCGGCUCCAGCGGCCACAGCGGUUACAUCCACCUAUCAGACACGCGCUCACCCCCUGAUUACGGCCGAAUAGCCUACCCGGAAGACAUAUUCGGAUCCCUCGAAGUCGACGCGACUGGAAAUUUUGUCGCAGGCGAUGAAGGAAAAGAGCCUGGAAACUGGCAAGACUCAGGAACCUACCGUAUCGUAACACGCGAGGGAGUCUUCGGCCUAACGGAUUUUCUAAGAGGGAAAUUGGUAGAGGCUUUGAGGGAGGAGGAGAAGAAAAUUUUGGGUGGGAAGAGUGCUUGAUGUAGGAGAUGGCGAAGAGGAGAUGAGGAACCUAGUUAAAGAGAAUGAAGAUAAAAGACACAAGAAGAGAGGACAUCAUGCACAAAUCAAUCAAUGACGUGCUCGAGGGUGUAUAUUAUGUAUAUUAUGUAUUACGAUUUAUCACGAGGCUCUCUUCUCCAAAGCUAAACUAGCUAGCUGCGCUAUACUAAUAAAGAUUUAAAUACCUGGGGAAGGGAGAAUCCGGAGAAAGAGGUGGGG